CAGAAAGGGCGACGUGACGUCUACACGAGGAGGAAUGCAACAGUAUUGGAAUGUUUUUCUAGUUUUUAGGAAAUCUAAAGAACCUGUAAUGUCUUCCUUGGAGCUUGUCUUGUAGGCGGAACACAAGACAGGAGAUCUACAAGUGUAGAGAAAGAGCUGAAGACUAGUAACAGUUACAGAGUAACAGUCAGCUAGAGAUUGACUUGCUUGGUAAUUUCAUAUAUCGCGAACCUUCAAAAAGCAUACAAAAGUGCAUAAAACAUAGCUAUUUACGGUUUCCUGAAAUGGAGAUGAAAUGGGCACUUCUUUUGGGUCUCUUUCUGCCGUCAUGCAGUGGAUGUGCCAUUGGAUAUAAAUUUGUUAAAAGCAAAUGUGUUGAUGAGGAUGAGUGUGCUGUUUUCCCGAUUGUGUGUGGCGAUCACGCUCAGUGUACAAAUACAGAGGGAAGUUACUUCUGCACCUGUAAUGAAGGGUUCAAAAUGAGCUUAACAGGAACAUGUAAAGGUCUGUUCCUGCAGUCUAGUGAAUCUCGUCAAUGUGGCGUUGGAUUCAAAUUAAUAAAAAACAAGAUUUGUGUUGAUGAGGAUGAGUGUUCAACAUCGAAUCAGUGCGGUGAUCACGCUCAGUGUGUAAAUACACCUGGAAGUUACUACUGCACCUGUAAUGAAGGAUUUCGGUCAGCAACAGCCAACUUCACAGCAGAAAAUGGACAGUGUGAGGAUAUCAAUGAGUGUGUUGAGAAAACACGUGAAUGCACAGGUGAUAUGGUGUGUGUGAACACCAUCGGCUCGCAUAAGUGCAUCUGUCAAAGGGAUACCGCCCUCGAGAACAGACUGUCGGCUGCAGAUGUGGAUGAGUGUUUGUCCUCAGUGUGUGGAGUUCACAGCAGUUGCACUAACACACCUGGCAGUUUCUUCUGCAUCUGUUCUCCAGGGUUUCACAGACAUGAGAACAACACCUGUACAGACAUCAAUGAGUGUUCAGAUCCAGAUGUUUGUGGCACAAAUGCCGACUGCUUCAAUCAUCCAGGCGGCUACAGCUGCAAAUGCCACGAGGGUUACAGUAACUAUGGCAACAACCAGUCAAAAUGCAUCGAAAUGGACUGUGAUCAGUUUGAACCCAAGUCAGAUGGAGACCACACACCGGAGAAGUUGAAGCAUUUGAUGUCACUGUUGAAGAGCAGCUGUGAGUCUCUGAAUGAUCCACGUGGAGAACAUUUCACUGGAGAGAAAUUGCUGGAGAGCUUGUGCAGUUCCUCUGACGAGCUGCUGUCGGAUGGAAACAUCGCUGAUGGGAAGAUGUUGAGUCACUUUCUGGACGCGAUGGAGAACAGCGUGCGUCUGAUUGGACCUCAGCUGAGAGAACCUGUGACCAGGAUGGAGACGCACAGCACCUUUGCUGAGGUUGCAGUCACACGGAAUCAGACUCCGCCCAGUGGGCGUGUCACUCUGAGCUCAGACUCCGCCCUCUUCAGCACCAGCUGGGAAACAGUUGUAGGGGAUUCAUAUCCAGGUUUUGCGUUUGCGGCUCUGGUCAGUUAUAAAGAUCUGAACUCCUCCAGCGAUCUGCUCCACAAGAUGAGAAACAAGAAAUCAGACGAUAAAGAGAGAAGUGUCACUUAUCAACUCAACUCUAAAGUGGUGACGGCCGUCGUCAGUAAUGCAGAAACCAAACAGCUGUCAGAGCCGGUGAAGCUCGUCUUUAGACACGUGGAGGAGAAGGCGGAGUCUGGGGGCGUGGCUUACUCCUGUGUGUACUGGGAUGAGACGGAGGGGGCGUGGUCUGGGCGGGGCUGUGAGAGGGCGGAGUCUAACAGCACUCACACAGUGUGCUCCUGCUCUCAUCUCAGUAGUUUCGCUGUGUUAAUGGCUCUCUAUCCUGUCCAGGACUCGUUUGAUUUGGUGUUGAUCACCCGUGUAGGUUUAGCUCUGUCUCUGGUCUGUUUAUUUCUCUGUAUCCUGACGUUCCGGUUCUGCCGCUCCAUCCAAGGAACCCGGACCAGCAUUCAUCUCCAUCUGAGCAUCUGUCUCUUCAUCGCAGACCUCAUCUUCCUCUGCGGGAUCUCCAGCACGCACAAUCAGGUAGCGUGUGCGAUUGUGGCCGGUCUGCUUCAUUUCUUCUUCUUGUCUGCGUUCUGCUGGAUGCUGCUGGAGGGGGUUCAGCUCUACCGGAUGGUUGUGCUGGUGUUUCACACCACAUUAAAACAUCUCCACAUGUAUCUGGUGGGAUACGGAGUCCCUCUCGUCAUCGUCAUCAUCUCUGCCAUCGCCUUCCCAAAGGGAUACGGCACCGAACUACACUGUUGGCUCUCUCUCGAUCGUUUAUUCAUCUUGAGUUUCUUUGUGCCCGUCUGCAUCGUCAUGAUCCUCAAUUGUUUUUUCUUCAUCAUCACUGUAUGGAAACUGGCCCAAAAGUUCUCCAGCCUCAAUCCAGACCUCUCCAAUCUCAAUAAGAUCAGGAGUUUCACGGUGACCGCCGUGGCUCAGUUGUGUGUUCUUGGAGGAACGUGGAUCUUCGGUGGCUUCCUCUUCCAGGAGAAAGGGACUGAAGUCAUGCUGUACCUCUUCACUAUUUUAAACAGCCUGCAGGGGGCGUUCAUCUUCAUCAUGCACUGCCUGCUGUCCAAACCGGUCAGGACGGAGUAUUACAAUCUGUUUGUCCGAAUGUGUCCACACGAGAAGAAAGUGGAAUACAGUAGCAGCAACAGUCAGAAACCUCUACGGAGCGAGGACAGCACAGGAGAGUCGCACAUAUAAAGCACUUGUCAUAUCCUGAUUUUACACACUUUUGAACACUUGAACGCUUUCUGUGAAAAUGAAGAUGGGGAGUCGUCAAUUGGUCCUCCUUAUUCCUGUCCAAUCAGAAGAUCUGAAAACUGCUUUCCAUUAGUAAUAAUACUGAUAUGGAAUCAUCAUACGGCAUAUGCAUUACAUCUUUUUACAGCCUGUCAUCUGAACAGCUUAAACAGAUCACACCACUAAAUGAACAAAAUUAUUAGGGUGCUUUGGUUUUUCUUUGUUGGCUGUUGUGCAAGUAGAAAAUCUUACAUUUUAAUUAUGCAAAAAAUGUCACAAAAACUAAAAAAAAAAAAAAAAAAAUAGAAGUAUGAGAAAUGAAAGUAAAACUAGUUUGGUUUUAAACAGUAGAGAGCUUAUUGUGAUGGUUUUAAAAUGCAUAAAUCUGAUCUCAUCAGAAAGGCUGUUAUUGUAAAGCUUAAUGAUAAAGAUGUUUGAUGUUUGUAUACUAAUAUUUCCUGAAUUUAUUUUGAUAUUAAAAUGUAUUUUUAAAAAAUCACAUUUUC